AGAAACAUCCUUCUGUUUACAAGCACGUACGACCACUCGACCAGCACCCAUUCCAACCUCUGAAACUUCUACUCGACGCCUCAUUACCAUCGACACCAUCUUCUCCAAGUACUCCCAUCCAUCUGACGCCUCCAUCGUCGAUCAGCAAUCGUGCCCAAAGCUCCAACAUCGAUCUCCUAAUUUCUUGAUGUUCCAACAUCGUGCUCCAGAUAACCAUCUUCAGUGGAUAAAUCAAAUCAAUUCCCUUUUCAUAAACGAUCUUAAAUGGAAGCGGGAAAUCUCCUCCGUGCAGUCCCGUUAAAUUCUCAUAAACCUUCCGGUCUUCUUCUCCGAUCUAAUCGACAGUUCUCUAGGGUUUCGGCCAACUUACAGGGAGGUUAUAAAGGACCAAGGCCAAAGAGAGAAUUGAUUGCUGAUUGGGUAUCAAAAAAUGACGAUAUUGUCAGGAGUAUUCCGAUCUACGUCGGAGGGACCUCUCUGUUCGGCGUUCUGUUCAACAGGACAAUUUCCGGCAUAGCUCCCGUUGCUGAUGCCAGCAGUUCACAAUCCAGAGCCGAUCUACUUGCAAUUGGGUUAGCAGUAACUAAUAUUUUAGCAGGUCUUGUGUGGCUUUCAAUUCGACCUAAAUCCAUAUCUGUGGUGCCACCACGAGGUGUGGAGUGUGAAAGAAUACAUUCCAGCAUUCCGGAUCUUGUAUCUUCUGAAUUAAAAUGGGCAUGGGAAUCAUUGUCAGGAGUGACAUGCAGCAAGUCUCUAGUGAUUGUAUAUGAUGGGAUUUGUGUUGUACAAAUUGGAUAUGCUUCUAAUGAAAAUGAAGGUGAAGCCAUGGUUGUAGAUGCUCCUAAGUUGAUGCAAGGAUCAAUCUAUCAAGGCAUUAUGAAAUCUGGAUCACAAAGCUACUUGGCAAAUUUAUCUCUGUAUCCUGGAAAAUCUGAGCUCCCAUUUCUCCCUUCAAAUACACAGGCAGUGAUCUUGCAACCAGUUGGAGAUAAAGGAAUUGCAAUAAUUGGAGGCAUGGAUCAGUUUAAUAGGAGAGAAGCUGGAUGCCACGCUUUCUAAGCAUAUCAACACCAAAAAACCUUUGGCUACUUCCAAACCAAGAUAAACGUUUUGUUUUUCGUUAUUCAUUAUGAAUUUAACUAUGUUUGUAUAUCAUAAUAAUAAUUUAAUAUAUAUUUUUUAAAUAGUUUAGUAUGUCGCAUUUGUCAACAUGUUUUGCUUUGAACAAAUUUUAUACUUUUAUCUGGUGACAACAUGAUUAUGUU